AUGGCCGCUAGAGCCACCGAUUAUGACUCCUGGACAUUACAAGAACUUAGGGAUGAAGCUACGAGAAGACGUAUUUAUUUUCCACGUAAGGACGGAGUUAAGACCUUAGCAAAGCAAACUAAGAACGUUUGAUCGGUCAGGCCAAAGUUCGGGCGAUGCGGGGAAAACGAGAAUCUUGCGGAGUCUGCUCCGGACACUAGUCUCAGUUUUGAACAAAGAUUACAGCUACAGGAACGUGAAAUGCAGAUGCUAGAAUUACGAAGGAAAAUUAGUCAGGAGCAAAGGGAAAUUAGGGAGUUAGAGAGAGAGGUUGAGAGAGAGAGGCGCCAGGCAGAAAGGGAGGCUGAGAUAGAGAGAAGAGAGUAUGAAAGGCAAAAGUCCCAGGAGGAAGAAGAACGUUCGAUUCGAGAAGAGGAGAGACUUAGAGUACUCAGAGCUGAGAAAGAACAAUUUGCUACAAGGGAGUCGGAAAGACGGCAGGUGAGUAACAAUGAGACUAGGGGGCCCAAAUUUAUGAAAAUCAGGGAAAUGAGGGAAAGCGAAGAUAUAGAUGAUUAUUUCCGGAUUUUUGAAAUGACUGCAAGGGCACAAUCCCUACCUGAGGGGACUGGGUUGGUAACUUAG